AUGGCAGCCGCGCUUGACGUCGCUCCCGGCCUCCGUGGUCUCCCUCGCGGCCUGCCCUACCACCAGCCCGUCGACCGCAAGACCUUUCCCGACGGUCUGCGGACCAGCGGCCAGCAUCCGCCGGUGGAGAGUCAGAUCCGUCCGUUUGAGGCCUUUCCCACCGAAAUCAUCGGCCCGACUGUCUGGGAGGGUCGCGAGAUUGCCCUGCGCCCGGACGAGUGGGCGCAUCAUUGGACCGAGAGCGAGCUUAGCGAGCUUCUCCAGGCUGUCGAUGCUUUUACCAUUUCCGGCAACCACCUCAUCAACAUUAACAAGCACAACUUCCACAUUCCCAACAUCACGCGAACGCUGCAGGCCGUCCGCCUCGAUAUCCUCAACGGCCGCGGCUUCAUUCUGUUCCGCGGUCUGCCCGUCAAUCUUUGGGGACGCAAAAGGGCCGCGGUUGCCAUGAUGGGAAUAUCGGCGCAUCUCGGCUACCUGCUGUCCCAGAACAAGCUGGGCCAGGUCCUCGGCCACGUCACCAACCUCGACGCCGACUACAAAAACUCGCUGGACAAGGUCAAGAUUGCCGCGACCAAUGCCGCCCAGCUAUUCCACACCGAUGAAGCGGACAUUGUCGGCCUCCUGUUCUGCGCAACGGGUGACAAGGGCGGCGCUUCCGGUUGCGCGUCGGCGCAUACGGUUUGGAAUGCACUUGUCAAGGAGCGCCCUGAUGUUGCCAAAACAUUGGCCUCCCCCAUAUGGUAUUUUGACCGUAAGGGCGAAAUAACAGCUGGCCAGGAGCCGUGGAUCAAGGUCCCCGUCUUCUACCUCGAGCCCGGCGGCCAAGAGCGCGUCUACGUCAAGUGGGACCCAUACUUCGUCAAAUCUCUGACGCGAUAUAGCGACAAGGGCCUCAUCCCCGCUCUUUCUGCUGAGCAGCUCGAAGCUAUGGCUGUGCUCGAGGAGACGUGCACGCGCCACGGCUUCGAGUACGAGUGCGAGGUUGGCGACAUGCAGUUUGUCUCGUGCUGCCAGACCUUCCACUCGCGCACAGCGUUUGUGGACGCUCUGCCACCCAAGCCGCCGCGCCACUUGUUGCGCACCUGGGUCGGGACGCCCGAGCACGAAGGCGGUUGGUGCUUGCCGUUCCACGAUAGCUUCCACCCCAAACGCGGCGGCAUCCAGGUGGACAGCACUCCGCCCACCGCGAACGCGCUCGUCGCCUCGGGCGGCACCAAUUAA